AAUGUUUUCUAAUAGACCAAUAGGAAGCGGUCUGGGGGGCGGAGCCCGGCGCGACGCGGCAUACUAGUUCUCCCGGCGCGCCUCUCCCUCGCUUUAGUCUUGCUGUGUUGUGAUCACGUGGCGAGCUCCGGGCGCGGCGCUUGUUUUGGUUUCUCUCUAGCCUGGCCCUUGCACCUUCUAGAGAGCUUUUCUGAGCCAGUGGCUGCAUCUGUCUUCACUGUGACCUCCUCUUCUUAGGGCUUUCCCAGCCCGCAGUUCUGCAAGCCCUUCGGGGCCGACCCCUGCCAUGCCGCUGGUCCGCUAUCGCAAGGUGGUCAUCCUCGGGUACCGCUCUGUAGGAAAGACAUCUUUGGCACAUCAAUUUGUGGAGGGCGAGUUCUUGGAAGCCUAUGAUCCUACAGUGGAUAAUACUUACAGCAAGAUAGUGACUCUUGGCAAAGACGAGUUUCACCUACACCUGGUGGACACAGCAGGGCAGGAUGAGUACAGCAUUCUGCCCUAUUCAUUCAUCAUUGGGGUCCAUGGUUAUGUGCUUGUGUAUUCUGUCACCUCUCUGCAUAGCUUCCACGUCAUUGAGAAUCUGUACCAAAAGUUACAUGAAGGCCAUGGGAAAACUCGGCUGCCGGUGGUGCUAGUGGGGAACAAGGCAGAUCUCUCUCCAGACAGGGAGGUCCAGGCAAUUGAAGGGAAGAAACUGGCAGAGUCAUGGGGUGCGACAUUCAUGGAAUCAUCAGCUCGAGAGAAUCAGCUGACUCAAGGCAUCUUCACCAAAGUCAUCCAGGAGAUUGCCCGUGUGGAGAAUUCCUACGGGCAAGAGCGCCGCUGCAGUCUCAUGUGAACCCUCAAGCAUGGGGUAGCUGCCUGGAUUCUUCCCCUGCCACUUGCCAGGCCACAGGGGGGCAGGUCCUCAGGACUUCACGGGUAUGGUUGCCAGCUGUGUCCUGGCCCUCUGGGCACACAGUAUGGUACCCUCACGUUUGCACACUUUCCCCAGGCUCCAGUGGCCUGGUUGUCAAUGUUUACAAAAGGGGCAAGGAUGUCUAAUGGGCACUGGCCUCUGUUUUUGCUAAAUGAAUUCUUAUAACCUGCAGGGUUGCGAUAUGAGUCCUGGGUAUUCAGGACCCAGUCUCCUAUGUAGGUUUGGGAUGUUGGCUGGGUGAAGGGAGUUAGGGACUCUAGAAGUGGAGCUAGUUCCUUGGGGUGACAAUGUAUAUAUGCAAAUAAACUGAGAAAUCUUUUUGUAGUUGACUUCUCUGUAUAUGGGAGAACACAGCGCCAGUAUCUCAUUUUCCAAGGAUUGAUGACUGUGGUCUUUGGUGAGGAUUCCGGGCUAAUUUCUUUCCUCCUACCUUGUCCUAUUCCUUACUUCUCACUCAUUCAGGACAAUUGCCCUAAGACUUCCUUUACAGGUACCAUUGGGCUGCCACACCCAUCCAAGUUUGUAACUACAGAAACAGUACCCUCUAGUGGCCACCUGCCACAACGGACCUAGCUUCUCUCAUGGGCCUUGGCAUUUGCUAGAACUCUGAGAAAAGGUAGGGUUUGGGGAAGAGGAAGGAAUCCCCUCCUUCCUAAUGAUGUAAGAAUCAAGAAUGAGUAUAGAGGCAGGGACUAAACUUUUGUGAAGAUUUGGUAUUUCUAAGAGAAUUGAGUAAAGUAAGAAAUAAUGCCUCUGGUGUGUAUCCAUCCUCCUGUAACCCCUUGUCUAUAGUUGCCUUUCUUUAAAACAGAUUUUCUUUACUAUUUCCAUA